AUGAGUAGUAGUAAAGAAAGGACGGUGUACGUUGGUAACAUUGAUCCAAGAGUGAAUAAAGAAGAUUUGUAUGAACUCUUUGUCCAGUUUGGUAGGAUAAAAAAAAUAAAUUAUCCUAGAGAUAAGGUUUUAGAUACACAUCAAGGAUAUGCGUUUAUAGAGUUUCUUAAUGACAGUACAGUGGAUUACGUAUUGAAACUCUUUGGCAACACAAAUUUAGUUUCCUUAUAUGAGAGAUCUCUAAAGAUAAGGAAAUCUGAAAAUGGUAAGGAAGCUAAUGCAAAUGGUACUAAUAAGAAUAUUGAUGUGGAUAUGUUACCUAUAGCGAAGAUUAUCGUCAAGAACGUUGAUGAGAGUGUUGACAUUAUGAAACUGAAUAAGAUUUGUAGCAAAUUUGGCAAGUUGGCUAGAGAUUCUGAUAUUGUUACCAUGUCUAACGGCAUGAGAUGCGGGUUCGUACACUUUAGGGAUUAUAAGGAUAGCGAUCUGGCCAUUGAUAAAUUGAACAAUGAAUUAAUUGUGAAUAAAAGAAUUAGUGUAGAGUAUGCGUUGAAGGGGAACGCAAUGGGUAAUACGAAAUAUGGAACCGAUACUGAUAGAUUACUUAAUAGAGAAGCUAUCAAGAAUGGAUUGUUAUGA